ACCGCUCCACUUGCUUUUCGACAAAACAUCGAACAGCAAGCCAGCUCACAUGUAGCGAGAUGAGCUGAGCAUGCGGGAGGAGGAGAUGCUUCAAUAACCGGACUGAGAAAGAAGAGAGGGAGAGAGGAGACCUGGAGAUUCAUCCCAUCUAACACCUGACCUCCACCUUCCAGGACGCAGGUCGAGUUUUGGGGAAGAAUUGGAAAGAAAUGGCGAGGUUUUGCCCUCCAGCACACAUGUUGCCGAGGCUGCUGGUCAUCCUGAGGAUGUUUGCGUAGGAGUGUUUGAUUUUUGCGGACAGCGACAGUUCAGUAGUCUGUCUGAACAACUCCAAGGACGUGUGCGUCUUCUCCAAGCACAUUUGUUAGAGAUAACAUCAUCAUUACUGGAGUCCGCCUCGCUUUAUUUACAUUUGGAGUGUUUCAUUUUAUUUUUAUUUUUUUGGGGGUGGGUGGGGUGUUUUUCCAUUUUCUCCCCUCCGACGCUGCAAAACAUGUUUUGCAUUUAGUUAAGAGCACGUGAGGAAAGACAAUAACCAAGGUCCCAGUGGGAGGUUUCUGCCCUUCACUCCUAUUUGAUCACUUCAGCAUUUAGUUUUUUUUUGUUUUUCUUUUUUUUUUUUUUACUGGCACUGGAUUUUUUUUCUUUUCAUUGACCUCAGCAUUAAGUGACUGAUUAGGUAAACUGCAAGAUGGAAUUUGAGCUCCAAGGAGUGAGAUGUGACCCAGAGAGUUCCUCUUAUAUCUGAAGGGUGUUGAUGGAGAGCCAUUCGAAUGACAGCCGGGACCGUGGUCAUCACUGGUGGAAUUCUUGCUACGGUCAUAUUACUCCUCAUCAUCGCAGUGUUAUGCUACUGUAGGCUGCAGUACUAUUGCUGUAAGAAGGAGGAGUCUGAGUCGGAGGAGGAGGAGCCGGACUUUGCUGUGACGUCCCGCCUUCCGCCAGUGCACUCCAAUCACAACAUCGUGGCGGCGACGGCGGCCGCCUCCUCCAUCCCCAAUGGCCCUGCCAUCUUCCCCACCCCCCCACUGGCAAGGAAACUGACGCGUUCGCAGACCUUCUGUCCAUCCUGCACGCACUAUGACCUGCCUUUCUACCUUCAGCCCCCCCCACCGCAGGUCCACCACCAGCCGGACGGACUGAGGAAUGGAGGGGAGCGAAUCAGCUACCGCAGCGUCCAGCAGCAGGAGCUGGACCUGCCGGUGCCGGUGAACAUUUCUAACUACCGUAAACCCAACCUGGCCCGGUCAGUGACCAUGAGGGAGAUGUUCACACGCAGCUGCAGCAUCAGCACCGAUGUUUAGCUGCUUCUUAGGACAGUGUCAUCACAGUUAACACGCUCAAGUCAACGACUUCCUACCUGAGAUCACUUUGUCCUGCUUCCUCUGGACUCCUCGCUGAUAGACUGGCAGAUGAUGUCAGAAGGGCACAACCAGGAGCGAUCUUCUCUUCACAGCUGCAACGAAUAAUACAGGAUUAGGAGAAGUCUUAUGUUACGACCAGGUGAUCUGCUUGUUCCUCCAUCAGCAGAUUUCACAGAUUAUGAAAUGUCACUCAUGAAGAGUGGAGAAGAAGAAGAGGAGGAGGGCUUUUGCAUUUUAGCUGCCAUCCACAGACAUUUUUCAUAGUUUUAUCUUAGGCCAUAAUAUUUUAAGAUAUCAAGGGCUCAUGGAAGAUUUAAAGUCCUUAUUUUCCAUGUCUGACAGGGAGAGUAUCUGCACACAGUGUUGGUACAGUUCUCUGUUCUAAAAGAGAAAAACACAUCCUUGUUGAUGCAGGCAGGCUGGUUUAAGUGCUGAAACGGGCCGGGUUCUUGCAUCUGUGUGCAUAAACUGUACGUGAGUGCAUGCAUGUGAGCGUGUAACGUAGUGAACUGUUAUGCCAAACUUUUAUUUCGUUUUCACUUCUGAGUGACCCAUGUGCUAUUUCAGAGAAUUGCAAAGACAACCAAUGGAAUUACUUAUUAUUGUUUCACAACUGUUUACCAGUCAGACUUAAAGCAGUCAAAGGUGACAAACGGUGUUAGAGCAGCUUAUUCAAACUUUCACCUUUGUUAUGGUUCUUCACUGAAUUCUGUAUUUCCUGUGUUGUAUCUGACUGGUCUGGCUAAAGACUCACCCUUAAAGACACGUGUAUAAAUAUUUAACUGGCCAUAACGUCUCUUUCCUCUAUAUCAACUCGGUGGACUGAGGAAAAUGUGUCCACCCUCAGAGGUAUUCCGAGAGAUCCAGCUCGGGAUUGAUUUUAUUUUCUGCACACUGGCUGACCAGCCUGACUGGAGGAGCGGUGGCUGGGCUUUUAUGGGAAAACAGUCAAUGAGUGAAAUUAUGUACUGCUGAUAUCUAGAGACAGCGCUGGUAGUUGUGUGGAGAGGGGGUUGAAGCUGAUUAAAAUGUCCCUUUUUUAAGCCCCACCCCCAUCAUCUCCCUUGGACAUGCUCUUGUACCCUGCUCUGUUUUUGUCUCUUUGUAGAUUUGACCAACAACAGCCACGUUCAUUUGUUUUCCUGAAAGGUGAACAAGUACUUUGUUUUGUUCUGAGAUGAACCAGUAAUCCAAAACAACACACACAGUUCUGUAAAGAGAACAUCAUGACAAUCCCAGCUCUGUAUUGUUAUAUUAAAGUGACUUUUCUGUCAUUUUGAAGUUUGUUUUUGUAAACGUUAUAAUUAUUGCCAAGCAUUACCUCCCUGAGCAGCCUCUGUUUGAAGAAACAGCAUUUACAUCACAUGGACGAACUAGCUAAUGCUUAGCCCAUAUGCAGCCAACUGUAUACGGACCGCUUCCUUUUUAAAGCACCUCCAAUGUCAAGUGUAUUUUACCUUUGCAGUUUUCCAUUAGAUUACCUGAAACUAGCAUGAUAUGCUAUAAUAUCAUAGUUUGGUAGCAUAAUAUAUUUUUGCUAGCAACAUUUUUUAAUUAAGUCACAGUUUCCUAGCAUAGCAAAGGAAGAAUUACAGAGUCCUGUCAUCUAUAAAUAAAUCUACAACGACUCUUGUAAAGCAAAGUGUGUUUGUUUUUAAUAUAAGAAAGGAUGUUAAAUGGAUACUUAGUACAUUUUUAAUAUUUUUAAAUCAUUUUCUUGAGCCAGUAUGUGCUAAAAUGACCCUUUACAUGGUUAAUGAAAGUCCACCCAGCCCCUAUCACCACCUGUGGUCAGAAAAUGCCCCUUUUUCCACUCUGCUGGGACAUAGAAAAUAUUGAGCUGACAUGCCUGGCACUGCAGUGUGUUUCCAGCACAUUUCCUGCAUGUUUUAGAUCUGAUGAGUUUAAUUUAGUGAUGAAUCACUCCCGUAGACACUAAUGAAGGCCGGGGAGAUGUUUCAGCUGUUAAACCAACACAUUCUCACUCCCAGCAUGUCAAAAACAAACGCUUGGUCAGCCACACUCCACGCCAGACCCUUGACGCCAAAAGUGCCCUUUUUCGUCACUUAUGUGCGAAAAAGGUUUUUUCCCUUUUCUGACUGCAGAUUCCAAUGCAGCGUUACACUGACGCAAUGGGACGUCUGCAGCCAGGGCACCAAACCAGCUCAUUGUACCUCACCCUAACCUUAUCCUCUUAUUUAACCUUCCCCUCACCCCUAUCCUAACCUUAACCAUCUUGCUAGCUAACACGUUAGUGAUGUGUCGGUCUCUCUAAAAGCCGGCUCUUUGAAGUGAACGGCGGGAUCCGCCUCAUCACUAGUCGGGUUUGGACCGAGGCAACGCAAGGGGGAGGUUUCAACCACCAAGGUGGAGGUUAAAAGUAGAGGGUAUUUGUAACCUCCCCUCGCCAGAUGGUAUGUUCUAAUGUUCCCCUUGGGUGGCAAAUACGAAAAUUCACAGUCAGAAUGCAUGGGAAACAAACGCUUGAUUACAGUGAGAGUAACGUUUUAGGUAGCAAGAGGGUUAAGGUUAGGAUGAGGGAGAGGGGAAGGUUAUAAAUAGUGAAACGUUAAGGUUUAGGUGCGGUUAAAUGAGCUGGUUCGGUGCUGCAUCAGGGGAUAUCCCAUCGCGUCAGUUUUACGCUGCAUUGGGAUCUGCAGUCAGAAAAGGGAAAAACCCCUUUUCGCACAUAAGUGACGAAAAAGGGCACUUUUGGCGUCAGGAGUCUGACGCAGAGGGUGGCUGACCAAGCGUUUGUUUUUGACGCGCUGGGAGUGAAAAUGUGUUGUAGUUAUGACUCGCAGUGAGGAACUAGGUUUUGCUUUCUGUUCUACAAACGAACACUAGGGGGUGCUAAAAAUGCCUACAUUGCCUAGUUCCCCUUACUUGUUGAUUUCAAAUACAGGAUGAUUGCUUGUUUUAAGAUAAUUUGAAACACAUUUUGUAAAUAACUUAAUAUAAUGAUGGUGUAAAAAAUGUUACGUGAUAAUGGGGAAAUCCAGCAAAUAGAAGCUACUUUAUUACAGAAGAAAUCAUCUUUCCUGUGCUCGGACUAGCCAUUAACUUAUCACUCCAUAAAGUACGACUGUUACUUCUACAGAGGCCAAAGCUGUCAGCAAUGAGAAACACCAGGAUUACUCAUGAAACUUUUACACAGAAGCACACUUCAAAAAACACAAAAGUCCCUUUAUCCACCACCUUAGCUUGAUACAAAAUCCGACUAUUUUUAUUUUAAGCCUAAAAUAAUUUUUGCAACCAUCAAACUGCCCUUUAGAAAUUCAAACUUACAUUUUUCUCUACUUUUUUCUCAAUGCAGAGCAUCUCACAAGAGCUAAGUCCACAUUGUCACACACAGAAACACACAAAGCCACAUAUAAUCAUUUUUAAUGUUCUUUUUUUGGAAACUGAAGCUAUUUGAUGGCUGCACAGUAACUGUAGUGCCAUAAAUAAUUAUAAGAGAAAUGUAUUAUUAAGAUUAUUAUUACUAUUGUAAGUGUUUAUUCAAAUAAGAUGUGGUUUUCUGUUCAGGUAUUUGAAUUACUUGUUUUAUUUUAUGAUCCAGCUGUUUUUCAGACUCAGUCCAGUACAGCAGAGAUGUUUCUGUUCCUGUUUCAAAUAUAAUAUUUAACCAACAGACACAUUGUUGAUAAUAAAAUAGUGUUAAAGCUC